GGAGAAAGAAAGUUGUACUGGUUUGGAUGUAAUCCAGCAGUGGGAGAGUUAACUCCUCAAAUUACAUCACUGCUUUUGCACAUUCUGUCCAUCCACCCCUCCUCCUCUAUUCCUCCGCCCUCCCCCUUCUCAUUGUCUAUGAAAGGAGGGUCUUACCCUCCCCUGUCCAUUCAGCCGCUGGGCACUGGGACUGUGGUCCAGACCUCACCCUCGAGCCUGUCAUUAGAAUCACUUAGCAGCCACAAAGACUUGCAGCCCUUCACAGCCUCUGUGCACAGUUCUAGUGUGAUUUACACUUCACCCCACUCUGAGAUGGAGCUUUUGGGUGUCCGACAGCCCUUCACACACUUUCAGGAGGAAAAGUACCAGAUGCUGGAGCUGAACCAGCGCCUCGAAUCGUACUUGGGCCGUGUGAAGCUUCUGGAGGAGGAGAACAAGCUACUGCGAGAGGAGAUCCACACUCUCAAGAGCAGCAGGGACCCACCAGGCCAGCACAAAGCUCAAGAGGAGGCUCUCAGCCAGGCCAGGAGGAUGAUGGAGGAGGCCUGGAGGAAGAAAGACCAUGUGGAGCUGGAAGUGGAGAACUUGAUGGAGGAUAUGGAGAUGGUGAGUAUUCAAAGGCAGAAGGCGAAGACCGCACAGGCUGAAGCACAGAGAAAACUCAAGGACAGCAAGAAGGAGCUCGAAGAGGAGCGUAGGGCUCAGAUUUGGCUUAGAGAGAAGGUUGGACAACUUGAGAAAGACCUCUUGCUACAGACGCAAGUCCACCAAGAGAACAUGGAAACCUUGCAGGCCUCUCUGAAACAGACAAAGCCAGUUCUAAUGGCCCCACAGCACACUCAAACUACCAGCAUCCCAGACCUGGGACAGGAGUACAGCCACAGAGCAGCUCAAGCCUGGCAGGAGGCAACCAACAACUAUCAGAGACAGUUUGGACGUCUGGAGGAAAGUCUGAACCAGGCCAAAGCUAACAUGGCAAAGAUUCACCAGGAGAAGAGAGAGAAACAGCAUCAGGUUCAGCAUCUGGCCAAGGAGCUCGAGAGUACGAAGACUAAGAGACAGAUGCUGGAGAAACAUGCCGUGCAGCAGAGAGAAGAACAGAUGCAGGAGCUUCAACAUCUUCAGGCUCAAGUAGAUGCUCUGGAGUUGGAGAAAGACAGCCUGGGGCAGCAGAUAGACAGCAUGAUGGUGGACAGACAAAAUCUGCUGCAGGUGAAGAUGUCUCUUGGACUGGAGGUGGCCACAUACAGAGCUUUGCUGGACAGCGAGGGCCUGAGAAUCGACAGACCAAAAACAAACAAGACCAACUCUGCUGUCUUUUUAGAUGCAAUCUCAAAGCCCAUUGGGACCCACCAAACCUUACAGACCAUUGCGGCUUCCUGCCAUUUCAGCAAUACUGUGUCUACAAGUCACAGAUCAAUCACCUCCUCUCGCACUCUGCUGACCAGUGCGACUCCAUCAUGGACUCAAGGGACUCCACAGAGAACGCCAACCAAAAUCUCAGUGCCAGAAAAGACAGGGGUUCAUAUCUCAGAGGAGUCUAAGAAAGCUGCUGAGGAGUCUGUGGAUUAUUUACAGCGAGAGAAAGUACAUGAAGACAUGGCUAUCGCAUCAACUCUCCCCAAAACAGCUGCAGAACCAGAACCAGAACCACAGCUCAAACCAGAAGAUAUCAAGGUGGAGGACGAACCAAAACAGUUCCAGAAAGCUCAGAUGGUUGAAUCUAAAACGGAGGAAUCUGCUGUGAUAAGUGUGUCAGCUGACCAACCAAGUAGCUUGUCCCAAACGCCAGAGACAGAAAGCUGGGCCGGUCCAUUCACAGAUCCUGCAGGAGUUUCAGAAGAAGGGAAGGAUGAGGAAGUGUCUGUCGAAAUGGCCCGAAUCUCACACGCACCUAAGGUUACUUGGGAAGAAAAUAAAACCGUGGCAGAGGAUGAAAAAGAUGAUGCCUCUGAGAUGGAUGUAAGAUCAGAGAACAUUAGUGAAAGCUAUACAGUUUCAUAUGGAGAUAUAGAUGAUAAUGAUACAUUAACAUCCAGCCAUAUCAGUACAAACUCCAAUAUACCGGUUUCAUCGUUCCUCAAGCAAGGAGCUUUGCGUGAUUUUAGCUAUCAGGAAGAAGCAAAUGAAGAUCUGAUGAGGGUAGAUGAACAGGACAUUGUGAGCAAUAUUAGCGAGGAAGUGACAGAGCAAAUGAACAGUGAAACUGAGGCGGAGAUUGAUUCAAUCAAUGAGUGGGAUAGACAGGAAGAAAUUGAACCAGAGAACGAGAUGAAAGUGACGAGCCCUAAGUCUGAGGCAGAGGAAGAGGGUGAAAUGAGCAUUGAAACUGAACUGAAGAAUAAAACAGAUGAAAAUGUGACUGAAAGAGAAGAAGAAGAGAUAGAAGAGAUUGAGAGAGACAGUUCUGUACAGGAUGGAGGUGUAGAUACUCCUAAGAACAUUGAUCAUCAGGAGAGUAUAGAGAAGACUGUACCACCAGCUGAAGCCCAUUCAGUUCAGAGAGUAAAUGAAGGCUGUCCUUUACCUGAGGAAUCUGAGUUACCUGAGAACCAAGGUGAUGACGACGACUCCCCAAACAUAUCAGCCUCAUGGAGAACUGAUCCUGGUGAGUGUGACAGCUAUAGUCAGGAGAACACGCUAGCAGACCCCCGGCCCUUGAUCCAAUAUAAGGAAACAGAUGGGAAUGUGCAAGCCUCACACCUCAUUGGUGAGACCAGCGACAGCGAGGAUGAGAAGGAAAGAGUGGACGGAGGCCAAUUGAAUAAAAGCGCCUCAAAACGCUUCAACACUAUGGAGGAUCUCACAGAAGAACCAGACAUGGACGUCAUUGGAGAGAUGAUGACAGAAGACGUUGUUUCUAAAGAUGCACUAGAUGAUGAUAGGGCAUGCAUGAGUGGCUCUGGAGUCUAUGAAAGUUUGGAUUUGGAGAAAGAAGGGCCAAGAAUUGAGCCCAGGGGAAACCCGAAAGAAGAUACUGAUGAUGAUAUGAAAGAGAUGAGGAGAGGUGAAGAUCAUGAUGUCAAGGUUUAUGAGCAAAAUGAGAAUCCACUACUGACUGAAAACCAGCAUAUACACACUGAACAGCUCGAGUAUGAAACAGUCCAUUCAUAUGAAAGUCAAGAACAUGUCUACAUAGACAAUCCACCCUCAUUUUCCGAAACAUCUCAGGUCGAACAGCUUGAAAGCUCAUUUGAAACUUCACCAACUCUGACCAUGUUCCAAGAUGCAGCUACAACCAAAGAACCAGAAAAUCUUCUGGAUGUUUCCAUGGACACCAACAUAGAUCUGAUGGACAGUCAUUCUUUGGAAAGCGAGAUAAACAGUCAGCCAAAUAUCAUGACAUCAGACAUGCCCAACUCUGAACAGGAAGAGUGCAAUAGCUCAGAAGAUGAAUCUCCAAAUGCCAGCCAGUGCUUUCAGAAUACAAGCCUUUUAGCAGCGGCUACUCUCACUGAGCAGCCAUUGACCUUUACUAAUGGAGGAUUUAAGGCUGAUUCUGUCUCUGUCAACAACGAUGUGCCUGAAGAAGUGCUCAGUAAGGAGAAGACCACGGAAGAAACUAAAGCCUCUCAGAUUUAUGACUGGGAUAAUUCUAACAUCUGGGGCAAAAGCAUGAGCAUUCCAGAAGCAGCAAGUAUGGAUGAAAAUUCAGGCGUUUCCCCGGUGAAUGAGAUUGAGAAUUUGGGAAGUCCAAACAAAAUGCCAAGUGUAGCGGAAAAUAUCUUUGGAAAAUUUGAAGAACAUCUUGAAAUGACAGAUGAGAGCUUUUCUGAAAAAGUGAUGACUGUGAUGGACUGUGAGAGCAACAAUUCAGGAGAGGAGGAGGAAUUUCAGUCAAAGGAAAAGAAAAGUGAGUUUCAUAGCCUUUUCAGCACUAGUUUGAAGGAGGAUUUCUGGAGCAAAGGGAACGUUGAGAUGGCAGCUACCUACGACCCUGCCAAGACUGUAGACUUCAACCAGGCCAUGGUCUUUGGAGAGGAGUGGAAAGAUAUGGAGGAAAUGCCAGCAGCAAAUGGAAAUCCUACAGAAGAGAUGGACAUCCUCAAAGGCCGGGAUGAUAAACGAAAAGAUGAACAGCCAAAGCGAGGCGAGAUGGUCCCAUCUGAUGACUCUGUUGAUGAAGGGGAUUCCUGGUCCUCUGGUGAUGAGUAACAGCUUUGUCCAAUGAUGUUUUAGACCAUGUAAGACUAAACCAAAAACAUACAAAAGUAGUGAUGCCAUAUAAAUAGAUGAACAGCAACAUUAAAC